AUGUCUCACAACAACGAUGAAGAAGAAUGGCUCCACGUUUCUAUAGACGCGUCGACACUUCAUCGUUGUCUUAUCUUAGGCAGCACUAUUUGCAUAUUAUUAGCCGGCUAUGCUGCUCAUAGAAAAGAGGUCCUCCCGAUGAACAACUAUGGAAACAAGACGAACUGGCUGGCGAAGCCUCGCUCAAGCAUCACCAACUCAUCGCUUUACUUGGGCAAAGCCACCGCCGGGAGCCAUCUUUCACACAAAACGCAACGUAAAAAACUGGUUCGCUACUACUUUGGAACCUCGUCUUCAAACUACUGUCAUCAAAAGACACUUCCGCAAGGUUGGUUACCUUCGCUGCCAAGAGUGCUUGAAAUAAAUAUCACUGCUCAAGUAUUACUGCGUAUAACUGUGCUGCUUGGGCUGAAUCCCAAGUCCAUCUGCACCCUUCAACCUUUACUGGAACUACUAUCCUCAGCUAUGCUCGUGAUAAUGGCAUCUCUACAACAACAGCAAGACAAAACAGUGAGAUUUUUGAUGCCCUACAACUUUCCCAUAUUUUCUGCUUUAUUCAUUGUGAAUGGAGCCUUAUGCGUGACGCUGGAUAGAUUCGAUUUGAAAAAACAAAAAGCAGUCCCACAAGGAUGGCUGCCGUCGCUUUCAAGGGUGCUGGAAAUGAAAAUUGCUCCUCAGGCAUUACUGCGGUUAGCGGUGCUGCUCGGAGUCAAUAUCAAGUUCAUUCUGUGCUUGAUACGAUGCACCACUAUUUUGGAACUCCUCGAAGGAGGCAAACUAGUCCGGCUUUUAUGCAGAGUUCAACCGAUACUCGAACUGUUCUCCUCAGCCGUUCUCAUGACAAUGACAAGCAUGCACCAACAGCAGGAUAGAUCAGUCAAGUGGAUAAUGCGAUACAAUUUUCCCCUAUUCUCUGCACUGUAUCUUCUAAACGGAACGCUUUGUGUCGCUCUCGAUAUCAUUGACCCAAGGAAAACGUUUUCUUCAACAUUUUUCAACUUGAAAGUGUCGUGUCUGAUCGCAUAUUCCGUUUGCGCACCUACUGUUCAUGAAACUCUCUUGGAGUACUAUGCCGAGAAACCAUGUCAUACGUAUGUCCCAUAUCGCUCGGCCGUUGCCGAGUACGCAUGCAUUCUGUCAUUGCUCGUCUUCUCGAUGAGCCAGUUCGACCUCAAUGGCCUUAGUGGACUAAGGAUUACGGUCCCAUCACUGCCCGACGACCACAUAACGACUUGUUCGGCAGACUAUGCUCCCGCUGUUUCUUCUCAAUAUAAAAAUGGGGUCGCUCCUGAAGAUUCCGUCACCCCUAUCAUAUUGUAG